AUGCUACGCAACCCACUGGUGAGGUCAGCAACAUCACCAUCACGACGUCUACUCUUCCAUGGCGCCUCGGAUUCAGCAGUAAUCGAUGACGAAGAUGAAAUGCCUUCCAUAAUGAGCCGACCUGAAUCAUUUUCUUCGUUAUCAUCUCUAAGGUUGACAGCUGGCAUGGAAAAUCCAUUGGUUAAAAACCAAAUACCGACUAUCCAACAAUUCGACGAAAAUGGACGGGUUCGAGAGGAUACCGAUGGAGGCUUCGAAAAUGACGAAGGCGAGUCUUCUCACCGUUAUAUUUUCUGA